UGGGACAUCGUAGCCCACCUGCAAGAUGCCAGGAGUUCUGCAUCCUGACCCAAGCAAUGGGGAGCCAACCAGGAAACUUCCUCAGGGCGUUGUCUAUGGUGUGGUGCGAAGAUCAGAUCAAAAUCAGCAGAAAGAAAUGGUGGUGUACGGGUGGUCCACCAAUCAGCUGAAAGAAGAGAUGAAUUACAUCAAAGAUGUGAGAGCCACCUUGGAAAAAGUAAGGAAGCGGAUGUACGGAGACUAUGAUGAAAUGAGACAGAAGAUUCGGCAGAUCACCCAGGAGCUGUCAGUUUCACAGGCGCAGAAGGACUACCUGGAGAAUCACAUCGAAACACAGUCGUCGGCCCUGGACAGCUUUAAUGCCACGAACUCAGCGCUGGCGUCAGACUCCAUUGACCUGCAGAAAACGCUUGUGGAUGUUACUUUGGAAAAUAGCAACAUUAAGGAUCAAAUCAGAAACCUGCAGCAGACAUAUGAAGCGUCCAUGGACAAGCUGCGGGAAAAGCAGAGGCAGUUAGAGGCUGCGAAAGUUGAAAACCAGCUGCUGAAAAUGAAGGUGGAGUCCUCCCACGAAGCCAACGCCGAGGUGUUGAGGGAGAUGACCAGGAAGCUGUACAGCCAGUACGAAGACAAGCUGCAGGAGGAGCAGCAGCGGCACAGCGCCGAGAAGCAGGCGCUCCUGGAAGAAACCAAUAGUUUUCUGAAAACGAUUGAAGAAGCCAAUAAGAAGAUGCAGGCGGCAGAGAUCAGCCUGGAGGAGAAAGACCAGAGGAUUGGGGAGCUGGACAGGCUGAUCGAACGCAUGGAAAAGGAACGCCAUCAGCUGCAACUACAACUCCUAGAGCACGAAACAGAAAUGUCCGGGGAAAUAACAGACUCUGACAACGGAAGGUAUCAGCAGCUGGAGGAGGCGUCGGCCAGCCUCCGGGAACGGAUCCGACAUCUGGAUGACAUGGUGCAUUGCCAGCAGAAGAAGGUCAAGCAGAUGGUUGAGGAGAUCAUGUCCCACGAGCUCUUCUCCAGAUUUAGUCUCCGGCUCUUUGGAAGAUGAUAAAUGGUAGCCUGCCCUGGGUUGGAAGCGGCUCCCUGUAUUGUUCGUGAUUAGAAGAACGCUUGCACUCUCUGCUGGGAAGAGGUGGCAUGUAUCUGAUGAGCCGAUGAACAAAACAGGAAGGACAUGCUAUUAAAAGGAACACUUGACCAUGGGGGGCUCUUACUUGUGGAAACACCACAUACUGUAACCUCAACUCGUACAGCCCCACACUGCAGAGUCAAGAGGGCUCAAAGAUCCACAGACCAUUUUUUAGAAACUUGGGUUCCUAGACAUCAAAGAAGGAGCCACAAUGAAAAAUAGUCCUAAAUAUAAUUUGGAAAGUGCCAGGUGGAGGCCGGUCGUCAGGUCCUGGAGAAUGGAGCCUUCGUAUGGAGAAGCUGCCGAGGACCCUGCUAAGAAGACGGGAAGUGCUGCCACCAGAUCACACCCCAGAAAAUACAGAAGCAGCCGAGUGUCCAUGUAGUUGGCUUUUAUUUAUCUGAGUGGUGGCCCAGCGGAUGUCCUCUCUGAGUGGAGAGCAACAGCACUAGUCAACUUAGCACUCUUCCUGUUGGUUUAAGGAGAGUUUGGUUGGCUUCUGUCACCACAGGCAUUUUGCCUGAAUAGACAGUUCGAUUAACUUCAUGAAAAGGAGAAGUAUAUCUGAUGACGAGAGACAUGUAUUCGGCUGAAAUAUAUUGAAGUGAAAUAUGCUUCAUGCUGCUUUAUUUGUAUGGGGAGCUGGUAUCUCGUCAAAACGUAGUGUUGCUUAAAUCUAGUUAGUAGUAGCAGCGGCAGUGGUGGUGGUAAUAAUAGUCAGUGGGUGGUAUUAGCCCACCGAUGCUAGUAGACUGGGUUAAUGGAGUGAGUUCAUUAAGGGGACAGCGUCAAUUUGAUGUUGGGUAGUUGUCCACUCCCACCACUUCUUCAGAGCAAGGUGGACCGGCAGAUGCUUUCUUGUCAAUAGUUGCCUUUGGUCUUCCAUUGAGAUGCUUCUGUCCAGCUUAAGCAAGUAAGCAGUGGACGGGAAAGGAAGCAGGUGAAUAAAUUUCCAGAUUAGUAAUGAACUGUUAAUGCAGUUAAUCUACCUGGGUAUCCUGUUUCAGCGCAGGUCCCCAGAUACUCUGCUGGGAACUCAGACUUCUGCUAGGGAGAUUUGAGUCAAAUUUGAGAUUUGCUGACCUAGAUGUCACUCUAGUGUUGUAACCUACACUGUUUAUAGGGUUACAUACCUUCACUCCCCUCAUGCUUUUCUAAGUCUCUGAUGAAAAAGUUCCUGGCAUUUGUUCUAGUGGCAUAGAUUCAUUACCCAGUUUCAAAAAAAAAAAAAAGAAAAGAAA